AUGACCAGGCAGAAGCUUUUGGAGGAGCUCGAGCUGCGGCUACAGGAACGCAAACGGCGGGGGCUCUGGAGAGCGCUUCGCUCACCGGGUGAGGCCGGUGCUCAAGAUCCGGCCUACGAGUUUGCAUCAAACGACUAUCUUAGCUUUGCACGAAGCCCUGAGCUGGAAGAACUCACAGCAAAGCUGGUUGAGGAGGCGCGAUGGAGCGGGAGUCUCAGGAACGGCUCUGGUGGCUCGCGGUUACUCACAGGUGACUCGGGGUUCGCGCACGCCGUCGAGAAGCAGAUUGCGCACUUCCACGAGGCAGAGGCUUGUCUGCUUUUCAACUCUGGUUACGACUGCAAUCUCGGUGUUUUCAGUUGUAUUGCAGCUGCCGGCCGGGACGUCGUGCUCGUUGACGAGCGCGUGCACGCGAGUAUUCACGACGGAUGUCGUUUGAGUCGAGCCCGCACUGUUCGACGCUUUCGACACAACGACCUCACUGAUCUGAGGGAAAGUCUAUCGACACUCCGCAAGGCGCUGGGCGACGAGUGCUGGAUCUUCGUGGGCGUGGAAUCCUGUUAUUCAAUGGAUGGCGACCUACUAGCUCGCCCAGGAGAGCUACUCGACAUGUGUGGUGCUUUUGGAGCGCUCCUUAUCGUCGAUGAGGCGCAUUCCGUUGGUGUUCACGGACCGGAUGGCCGCGGUCUCCUGCACCCAUAUAGAGCGCACCCAGCGCUGUUGGCGCGCGUGGUGACGUUUGGUAAGGCAUUUGGUCUGCAUGGGGCUGCGGUCCUGGGCGCACAACCACUCCUGCAGUAUCUGCUGAACUAUGCGCGACCGCUCAUUUAUAGCACCUCGCUACCACUGCACAGCUUGUGUGCUGUGAGCGCGGCGUACCGGCUCAUGGCGACAGAGACCGCGGCACAUCGGCGGAAGCUGCUCUGGGAGGCGGUUCGAAUGUUCCAUUCCCUCACGAGGGAUCUGCGUUCGCGUUGCCCCCAGUUGCCACCGCCUUUAGUGAAUCGGGAGAGUCCCAUUCAGGCGAUCAUUAUUCCCGGCAAUGAAAACUGUGUCUUCGUGGCCAAUGAACUUCGUCAGCGCGGUUUCGACGCCCGUCCAAUUCGGUAUCCAACCGUAGAGCGCGGAGCAGAGCGCAUUCGAGUGGUGCUACACGCGCACAACACACCUGAGGCGAUCAACGCCUUCGUACAGGCUCUGAUCGAUAUCGUCGGGCAGCUUCCUAGUGCCAUGUGUGACGCUAGGGGCACUCACCAGUCGGGUGCGCCGUUGCGUCCGGCGCUGUUGAACGCACGACUCUAA